CGCACAAUUCGACCUUGCAUUAUUGCAAGCACGUAUACAUGAAAAGGCUGCUCAUUACAUUUGGAAAGCCAUAUUCUAUCAGGGCCGAUUUAAUUGUAUCAAAGGAAACAUCCAUUGAUCAGCAACACGUAUAGAAUAUUGCAGUAGGAUUUUGGUCAAGACAUCUGGCUUGGUGUAUCGCAAGGUGAUUCCACCCAUCGGUAUGUAUUACAUGAGACCAUCUCUCUGCCAAGUAGACCUACAACAUGUAGCGAACUACUUUCACACAAUCUUAAGCAAUGUAGUUGAUGAGCUGUUGAGCCGAGUUGAUGGUGAAUCGGAUUCUGAGAAGUACGCCGAGGUCAGCACAGCCUUGAGGUCAAUCUCAUACCUGUACAGAGAGGGACUAUCUCAACCUAAUUCUGAGUCUCGAUCAGACUGGAGCAAACCUGAGAACCAGUGUGCCUACGUGUACCUGUACUUCAUGCAACAUUGCUACAUGAUGUACAUGGCGAUGCAGCCUGUGAUGAGUCCGAGACAUUGUCACAUCAGGGCUAGACUGGAGUACAGGAAGCAGCGUCACCGACAGCUGCGGGUGUGCAGCAUCGGUGGAGGCCCCGGCUCAGAUGUCUUAGGAUUGAGCAAAUUCCUUGAAGACGUCGGUUUGUUUCCCGAAUCUCUGCACUUCACUGUUUUGGAUCUUUGGCCAGAGUGGGCUCAUGCGUGGCAGGCGAUCAAGAACCGCACAAAGUCCAGGAUCUCGGUGAAUUAUGAGAGAUGUGACUUGGUAGGAGAUGCACCUCUCUCAGCUUUAGCCACGCAGAGACUCCGAGAGGCGGAUAUCCUUACCCUCGAGAAGUCCUUCUCAGCGGUGGUAGCCUUCAUGAAUGAGGAACAUCGCCGGAACAUUCUUUUAACCAUCCUCUGCGAGUUAAAAUUAGGAUGUCUUGUAGUCUUUGUGGACAAUCGUCGACGCAGCAUCGUGACAGGGCCUUUCUUUAAACUGUUCGCACGACCCACUGGUCUGCGGCUUGUCAACCAGUGGGAGGGUCUCCCUAAGGUUCCGGUACGAGGAUAUUCUAAACGAGUCCAAGAAUUCAGAGAGAAUGUCGAAUUUAACCCAAUGUCAUGCUGCGUGGUCACCUGUCUGUUGUUUGUAAAAACUCAACCUGGCUGUAUUCAGAACAUCGGCCUGAAGGCAGGCAUCAGCUACGGGGUGUAUCGUCGGUCAGUCGGAGACUACGGUGGAUUCUAUGAGGACACACCGCGUCUUAAGAAUAUCUGGUUCGAGGAAUACCACGAUAUCCCAUGCGAAGAAGACCAGGCGAGAUUGGAUGAUUUUGAAUUGGAGUACAACAACCUCUUUGGGUUCACAGAGUACGGGGACCUCGAGAACAACUUCAGGGACAUGACAGCAGAGAAGAAACUCCCCUGCUGGGCAAGGACUAUGAAAACAAACAGGAGAAAAUUGAAAAGGAAGAAGGGUGAGAAGCAGAAGAGGAAAGUCGGCCAAGGCAGAGUGAAUGCGAGGACAAAUAAGAUGAGGAAGGAAAUAAGGAGAAACAUGCAGGCAGAGACGCCCAGAGGGCACAGGACCGCAUUAGUGAGACACUCCGACGAGCUCACAAGAGAAUGAGUGAGAUCAGGAGC